CACGCCGUUUAGCAUUCACGCGACGACACACAACGAAGCUUCCUCAACACCUUCAUUCGAAUAAGCACCUAAGCCACUGUCAACCUGCCUCCCGAGCCAGAAGCAUCACCGAACUCAAUCGCGUUGCCGUAUCACAACCCUUGGUACCUGGCACUCAACCAACCCCCUCAUAGAGAUCCACCACCCCAGACCCCCGGCCGGUUAUGGCCGCUCAACUAGAGAGGAUAUUCAUCGAUAUCCGGAGCAAGCAUGAAGAUGUGCGGCAGAAGGCUGUGAACGACCUUAAAGUUCACCUAGAAAUCUCAUCGAGAGAACUACCGCCGGAACGACUGUCAUACUACUAUGCGGAGGUCAACCGCAAGGUCUCCGAAUUCAUACACAGCAAUGACAGCGCAGACAAGAUCGGCGGCAUCCUCUCACUGGGGGUUCUUAUCGACGUUGAUCACGAUGAUAGUACCCAAAAGACGACAAGAUAUGCGAAUUACCUGCGAUCGAUCAUGCGCGGGAACGAUAACCACUGUAUGGUACUGGCGGCGAAGACUCUGGGCCAGCUCGCGGCACCCGGAGGGACCUUGACGUCCGAACUGGUGGAGAGUGAGAUGAAGCAAGCACUAGAAUGGCUACAGAUCGACAGACAGGAGAAUCGACGGUUCGCGUCGGUGUUGUUACUCCGGGAGCUUGCGCGGAGCUCGCCCACUCUCAUAUACGGCUUCAUCCCACAAAUUCUGGAGCUCAUCUGGGUCGCGGUCAGAGACCCCAAGGUUCUGAUCCGAGAAACGGCAGCGGAAGCACUCGCUUCUUGCUUGACGAUCAUGAAGUUUCGCGACCAAAAGAAUAGGGACACUUGGUACUUGAAAAUUCUGGAAGAGGCUCGGUCAGGACUCAGGAUGGGUAGUACGGACGGCAUCCACGGAAGCUUGUUGAUAUACUUGCAGCUGCUGGACUCGGCGGGGAUGUUUAUGUAUGACAGCUACCGGGAUUCAUGCGACGUCGUUCUCCGGCUUAAGGAUCACCGCGACCCGGGAAUCCGCCGACUGACAAUCAAGAUGAUUCCCUCGCUCGCGAAAUACAGUCCUUCCGAUUUCGUCAGCAGCUACCUUCACAAGUUCAUGAUGCAUCUGCAGGCACAACUGAAGAAGAAGGACCCGGAGGAGCGGGGCGCUGCAUACAAGGCUAUUGGGGACGUCGCGUUGGCCGUUGGGAGCAACAUGGGGCCGUAUCUUGAUGCUAUAUUGGCGAGUAUCAAGGAGGGACUGUCUAUCAAGGGCCGAAACCGGGCUCAACGAGCGGAACAGGAGGCUCCGAUAUUCGAGUGUAUCAGUAUGCUCGCUACAGCUGUUGGACAGGCCCUCACAAAGUACAUGCAUGAGCUGCUUGAUCUCAUCUUCGCCUGUGGAUUGAGCGUCAAGCUCACUCAAGCACUCGUUGAUCUCUCACAUUACAUCCCCCCGCUGUUACCCACCAUCCAGGAGAGGUUGCUCAACAUGAUUAGUAUUGUGCUGAGCGGGCGACCUUUCAAGCCGCUGGGAAGUCCAGCUAACCCACAACUCGCGGCGCCAGUGUUGACGAGACAGCAUAAGGAUGGUGUAUCGCCCGAAGAGAGAGAUGCAGAGAUUACAUUGGCGCUGCACACGUUGGGCAGCUUUGAUUUCACGAAUCACGUGUUGAAUGAAUUUGUCCGAGAUGUCGCUAUGAAAUAUGUCGAAGAUGACCACACCGAAGUCCGAAAGGCUGCAGCCUUGACAUGUUGUCAACUUUUCGUUCGGGAUCCCAUCUGUUACCAAACCAGCAACCAUGCAAUUCAAGUCGUUGGGGAGGUGAUGGAGAAGCUAUUGACUGUCGCGAUUGCCGACCCAGACCCGGAAAUCCGCAAGAUUGUGCUUCUCUCACUCGAUGCCCGUUUCGACCGCCACCUGGCUAAAGCUGAGAACGUCCGGUCGCUGUUCUUGGCUCUGAAUGACGAGGUUUUUGCGAUCCGAGAGGCAGCAAUUACCAUUAUCGGGCGCCUUACGCUGCAUAACCCUGCCUAUGUUAUGCCGUCGCUGCGAAAGACGUUGAUCCAGCUGUUGACUGAGCUCGAGUAUUCGAAUGUCUCUCGCAACAAAGAAGAGAGCGCCAAGCUACUCAGCCAUCUUGUUGCGGCAUCGCAGAAGCUCAUUCAGCCCUACGUGGAACCCAUGGUCACGGUUUUGCUUCCGAAAGCCAGGGAUCCCAGUGCUGGUGUUGCGUCGAGCAUCAUGACCGCUCUCGGAGAGCUUGCUACUGUCGGGGGCGAGAGCAUGAUCCCAUACAUUCCCGAAUUGAUGCCGCUUAUCAUCGAGACGCUACAAGAUCAGAGUUCGCCGGCGAAACGGGAUGCUGCCCUGAGGACGCUUGGGCAAUUGGCGAGUAAUUCCGGAUAUGUUAUCGAACCGUACCUUGAGUACCCCCAGCUGCUCACUAUUCUGGUCAACAUCGUCAAGACGGAGCAAAAUACGACUCUGAGGAAGGAGACAAUCAAGUUGAUGGGUAUCUUGGGUGCAUUGGAUCCUUACAAGCACCAAACAGUCGAAAACAGCACAGAUGCGCACCUGUCGGAGCAGGCUCACUCAGUUACCGAUGUUUCACUGAUCAUGAACGGCCUGACUCCUUCUAGCGAGGAGUACUAUCCUACCGUCGUCAUCAACUCCCUCAUGAAUAUGGUCAAGGAUCCGUCGCUUGGUCAGCAUCACUCGUCGGUCAUCGAGGCAAUCAUGAACAUCUUCAAAACUCUUGGUUUGAAAUGUGUCACCUUCCUGCCACAGAUCAUUCCCGGUUUCAUCGCGGUUACUCGGAGCUGCCCCCCCAGAAUGCUUGACCAAUACUUCAAUAACCUCAGCCUGUUGGUAUCGAUCGUGAAGCAACAUAUCCGAAAUUUUCUUCCCGAAAUCCUUCAGCUCGUCCGUGAUUACUGGAAUCCUAAUUCCACCCUCCAAGGAACAAUCCUGAAUCUGAUAGAAUCGAUCGCGCAUUCCUUGGAGGGCGAGUUUAAGGUACACUUGGCGCAACUACUCCCUCUAAUGCUUUCGGUAUUGGAGUCGACGAGUCCUUCGGCACCGGCGAUAUCGGAGAAGGUCCUGCAUGCAUUCGUCGUGUUUGGAUCGAGUAGCGAGGAGUACAUGCACCUCAUCAUACCAGUGAUCGUUCGAUUGAUUGAGAAGCCUGGACAACGAGUUACCACCCGUAAGGCCGCCAUGGAGACGAUCGCCCGACUGUCUCGGAAGGUCAACAUCUCCGACCAUGCCUCUCGAAUUAUCCACCCUCUCUCCCGUGUUCUGAUCACUUCCACGCCUGAGCUUCGGGUGGCUGCGCUCGACACACUCUGUGCUCUCGUCUUCCAGUUGGGACACGACUACAAUCACUUCAUUCCCAUGAUCAACAAGAUUUUGCAGGUGAACAAGAUUCAGCACACGAAUUACGAGCUGCUUGUUAGCAAGUUAUUGAAGGGAGAGCCACUUCCGCAGGAUCUGAGCCCAGACGAGAAGUUUGCCGACAAGCCGGACGAGGUGUCAUUUGCCGAUUUCGGGCCCAAGAAGCUGCCGGUUAAUCAACAACAUCUCAAGACCGCAUGGGAGGCGUCGCAACGAUCGACCAAAGAGGAUUGGCAAGAGUGGAUCAGGAGAUUCAGUGUCGAGCUGUUGAAGCAGAGUCCAUCUCACGCACUGCGGGCAUGUGCCGGUCUUGCCGGUGCCUACUACCCCUUGGCGAGAGACCUUUUCAAUGCAGCCUUCGUCUCUUGUUGGACAGAGUUGUAUGACCAAUUCCAGGAAGAACUUGUGAGGUCGAUAGAAACGGCCCUCAUUUCGCCUAACAUUCCUCCCGAGAUUUUACAGAUCUUGUUGAACCUGGCGGAAUUCAUGGAGCAUGACGACAAAGCGCUACCGAUUGACAUUAGGACGUUGGGGGUAUACGCUGCUAAGUGCCAUGCGUACGCCAAGGCUCUCCAUUACAAAGAAUUGGAAUUCUUACAGGAACCGCAGCCCAGCACCAUCGAGGCUCUUAUUAGUAUCAAUAACCUCUUGCAGCAAUCGGAUGCCGCCAUCGGUAUUCUGCGUCGGGCGCAAGUUUACAGUGAUGUACCUUUGCGGGAGUCGUGGUUCGAGAAGUUGCAACGUUGGGAGGAGGCGUUGAAGGCGUACCAAGAGAAGGAAGUGACGGAACAAAACUCGAUUGAAAUUACGAUGGGAAAGAUGCGCUGUCUGCACGCCUUGGGAGAAUGGGACCACCUAUCGUCUCUGGCGCAAGAGAAAUGGAGGACCGCCAACCGGGAAGUGCAGCGACAUAUUGCCCCCUUGGCUGCUGCUGCUGCAUGGGGUCUCGGUCAGUGGAGUCUGAUGGACGAAUACAUCGGCGUCAUGAAGGAGCACUCGCCUGACCGCAGUUUCUUCGGUGCUAUUCUGGCGCUGCACAGAAAUCAUUUCGAGGAGGCGGCAAAGCACAUCGAGAAAGCACGAGAGGGCCUCGACACGGAGCUUAGUGCACUCGUCGGGGAGAGUUACAACCGUGCCUACAGCGUCAUCGUCCGUGUUCAGAUGUUGGCCGAGCUCGAGGAGAUUAUCACGUAUAAGCAAUGCCACGAUCAACCCGAGAAGCAGGAGGUCAUGCGGAGGACUUGGACCAAACGUCUGAAGGGAUGUCAGCGCAACGUCGAAGUCUGGCAGCGAAUGUUGAAGGUCCGGGCUCUAGUCAUAUCACCGGUGGAGAACAUGGACAUGUGGAUCAAGUUCUCAAAUCUGUGCCGGAAAUCCGGGAGAAUUGGAUUGGCCGAGAAAUCACUGAAUUCACUCCUUCCACUGAACCAGACCAUCGACAAUGUUGGUACCGCUACAGUACCCCCUCAGGUAACGUAUGCACGGUUGAAGUUUAUGUGGUCUACCGGAUCGCAACAAGCCGCCAUCAAUCACCUAUUGGACUUCACCGAGUCGCUGUCGAAUGACCUCCGGAUGAACAUGGCCCAGCACGGCGGUAUCCCACAACCAUCUCAGAUUCCGCAUCACGUCAUCGAGAAUACGCGAUUGCUGUCACGAUGCUACCUCAAGCAAGGUGCGUGGCAAGUUUCGCUACAUAAGAAUUGGCAGACCGAACCAGCAACUGCCUCGAAGAUUCUCGAUUCGUACAAACAGGCGACACAGUAUCAUAAGGACUGGUACAAAGCGUGGCAUGCUUGGGCUUUGGCCAACUUUGAGGUUGUUACGGCAGCUGCUGGAAGCGAACCAAGCGAUGUUCCACUGGCUGUUAUCCGGGAACACGUCAUUCCGGCUGUUCAGGGAUUCUUCAAGUCCAUUGCACUAUCUUCCGGAAGCUCUCUGCAGGACACGCUUCGACUUCUAACGUUGUGGUUUACUCAUGGUGGAAAUGCGGAGGUCAACACGCGAGUCACGGAAGGCUUCAAUACCAUCAGCGUUGACACCUGGCUCGAGGUUAUUCCCCAACUUAUCGCCAGAAUCAACCAACCCGACCCGAUUGUCCGCCAAACUAUUCACCAACUGUUGUCAGAUGUCGGACGGGCGCAUCCGCAGGCGCUGGUGUACCCACUUACCGUUGCGGCUAAAUCUCAGCUGUCGAGGCGCAAGACUUCCGCGAUGCAAAUAAUGGAUAGCAUGAAGAGUCAUUCGUCGAGACUUGUGGACCAGGCCGAGAUUGUCAGUCAGGAGCUGAUUCGGGUUGCUGUUUUGUGGCACGAGCUGUGGCAUGAGGGUCUGGAAGAGGCGAGUCGACUGUACUUUGGAGACCACAAUCCGGACAUGAUGUUCAAGACGCUGGAGCCGUUGCAUGAGAUGUUGGAGAGGGGACCUGAGACGCUGCGAGAAAUAUCCUUUCACCAAGCAUUCGGACGGGACCUCCAUGACGCGAAGGAGUGGUGUGUCACAUACAAACGAACGAAGGAAGUCGGCGAUCUCAACCAAGCUUGGGAUUUGUACUACCAAGUUUUUAGAAAAAUCAGUAGACAGUUGCCCCAGCUUACUACUCUGGAUCUUCAAUACGUUUCUCCAAAACUCUUGGCUAUCCACGAUUUGGAUUUGGCGGUACCCGGAACCUACGCAACCGGCAAGCCCAUUAUCCGGAUCAUGAACUUCGAGCCGACAUUCAACGUUAUCACAUCUAAGCAGCGGCCUCGAAAAUUGACCAUCAAGGGAAGCGACGGAACAUCGUACCAGUACUUGCUCAAGGGACACGAGGAUAUUCGGCAGGACGAACGUGUCAUGCAGCUUUUCGGUUUGGUCAACACCCUUCUCAGCGUCGAUUCGGAGUGUUUCAAGCGACACCUCAACAUCCAGCAGUAUCCUGUCAUUCCGCUUUCACAGAACUCCGGACUGCUGGGAUGGGUUCCUGACAGUGAUACCCUACACGUGCUCAUCAGGGAGUAUCGGGAGAGCCGGAAGAUCCUUCUGAAUAUAGAACAUCGGAUUAUGUUGCAGAUGGCGCCCGACUACGACAACUUGACAUUAAUGCAGAAGGUGGAGGUGUUCGGAUAUGCGCUCGACAACACCACUGGGCAGGAUCUCUACCGAGUACUCUGGCUCAAGAGUAAAUCAUCCGAGGCGUGGCUGGACCGACGGACGAAUUACACCCGAUCUCUAGGUGUGAUGAGCAUGGUCGGCUACAUUCUGGGACUUGGAGAUCGCCACCCGAGUAAUUUGAUGCUCCACAGAAUCACCGGCAAGGUGAUCCAUAUCGAUUUCGGCGAUUGUUUCGAAGUUGCCAUGCACCGCGAGAAGUACCCGGAGAAGGUACCUUUCCGACUUACCCGCAUGCUCACCUACGCAAUGGAGGUCUCAAACAUCGAGGGAAGCUUCCGCACCACCUGCGAAGCAGUCAUGAAGGUACUCAGAGAAAAUAAGGAGUCUCUGAUGGCCGUCCUCGAAGCGUUCAUGCACGAUCCACUUAUGCACUGGCGUCUCGGAACGAAAGAGAGUCCCGUGGUCGAUAUCGCACUCGCCCCGAACGGCGGCGUCAACAUGAACGUCGAGCGGCGCCGCAGUGUUGUCGCCCUUGAUCCGGCGGAGUUGGCGAGACUGCGACAUCUCGGCAGCGGGGAAGAAGAAGCGGCGGCGAGGUUGAAGCCGGAAUUGCAGAACCAACGCGCUAUCCAGGUUCUGGAGAGGGUUAAGGCGAAGUUGACCGGAACGGACUUUAAGCCCGAUGAGGAGUUGGAGGUGCCGAAGCAGGUGGCGAGGUUGAUUGAUCAGGCAACGAAUUUGGAGAAUCUCUGUCAGCAUUAUAUCGGAUGGUGUUCGUUCUGGUAGAAUAUUUGCUUUGUGCAGGGUGUGGGAAGGAGGUGGAGGGCAAGGAAUUAAACCGGACGAGGUUUACAUCUAGCGGCUUAUUAUGUGCUUUAUACUUUACCAUAUGUUUUACGCGUCUAGGCUUAAAGAGUUUUAUUUGGUUUUCUGCGGAUGCUUCGCUUGUAGUUGUGGUUGGUCGGUUGGUGCGGUGCAGUACUGGUUUGGCGAUUGUUCAUGCGCUGCGAUUGGUGAUCUUGGUUCUUGUUUCUUCGCAUCUCUUUUUUUCUUUUCUUUUCUUGUUUGGGCAUGAUGAUUCUUUGUAUGAUACUCUACUCUACUCACUCUACAAGAGAAUGGACAGAUGACUCGUCACGAUUCCGGG